GAAGAAGAAGAAAAAUGUUUGAAUGAAUCAGAGAUAAGUUAUGAAUUAACGAACUUGAAUUUGUAUCUACACUGGAAGGUGUUAUUUGUUUUAGGUAAUUUUUGUAGUUUUUUUUUGAAGAAAAAUGUCAGACCUAGAAGAAGAGAAGACUCCGGAGUGGUUGCCACGGCUGGAAAAUCGGAAAAGGAAGCAACGGCUGGCUCACGAGAUCGGUGCCGGAGCGCCGUGUCUGACGUGUGGCGAGGCUUGUCCCGGACUGGACCUGCACUUCUGGAGGAAACUGUGUCGCAACUGCAAGUGCAAGAAAGAAGACCAUGAUGUGAAAGAUGACGAUGGCUAUGUGCAGUUUGAGAUCCUGCUCGGAGCCAAGAAGAGGAAACUCGGGGGAGUUCUCAAGUUCAAAAUCCCAGGAGCAGAAAAGCUUGUCAAUGCUGAAAAGGCAAAUGUGCACACAGGAGCUGUGAUAUUUGAUUGGGUUCCGCCGGAUGUAUCUGAAGAUUUGGCGACGGAGUACAUGCACCACAUCCCCGCUGGCAAGCUGCCCAUCUCGGGCAGCGACGGGGCUGUGUACCGCCGCCAGCAGCUGGAGAAACAAAUGCCACUACAUGACCUGGAUGCCGGCAGAUGCCACAACCUGUCUGCUGAGGAGGUGGAGGGGUUAAUGCAGUAUCUCAACAAUCUAAGGAACAAUGUUGUUGGCCAAGGUAAAGUUACGAAGGUGCCUGUACUAUAUCGGGAAUACCUACUGCACAAUGCUGUACCACACCAGACUAGUGGCUCUGAAGCUGUCCCAGUGGCCGGUGCCAUGUCAGCCUCAGCACUUCAGGUGUCAAAGCCUGCACAUCUUCACAUUCUCCCGCCUUCCUUCAACACUGCCCCACGCCCCUUUCACCCCAGCGCUCCCAGCCACGACGCCAACUUCCCCCCUCCUCCACCCCUGAUGACUGAAAACUCUUUGUCAACAGCCAUACAUAAUCUUAAAAUGCCAAGUGCCUUCGUGCCUCAUUGGAAGCCGCUGGAAGCCGGCCACACAAUUGUCCCUCACAAGCAAGCGUGUGAUGUGUCGAGCCAGUUGGAAGCAUCGCUCGCUGGGAGUCAGGAGACACGCCAGCAGAAAGCGCAGACCGGCGACGGGCGGGAUUGUUCUGCCGCCGGUACCCGUCACCAGGGAUGUGUGUUGACCAGCACGUUUCCUCAUCAAGUCCAGCAUUCAUGUGAAACGUCAAGUGGAGCAAACCCGUUGUUUUCCCAGCGAGCAGUCGGCAGAGCGGGGGAAGCCCAGAGCCAGCAGGGCAUCAUCGCCGCGUCCAAGUUCCCCAGCGGCAUGGCUGCCUCGGAGAUCGGCCAGCCACAGUUUCCACAACAAGCCCAACUUUACACAGAUAAUCGCCCGAGUAGAAUUGCUCAAAACAACAGAACCAAUGAUCAUUCGGAUAUAUCAAACCACAAUGUCGGUGCUCCGUAUCCUCAAACCAAUACGAACAAUUUUGAUCCUUUGAUUCUUCCUUCAAAUGUGGCUUACCUGGGCGGUGUGGAUGGAGAAGGGAACGCCGUUGUGCCCGGAGUGUACCUGGCUCGGCCGGAGGAGACUCCGCCCCAGGGGGGGCCGUGCCACGCCGUCCAAGAGAGCGCGCUGCCACGGAGUGGGGAGGUGGCUCGCUCGGGGGCCGUGGGCAGCGACGGCAUGCCGCGGCUGGCCCACGUGAUGCAGCGAGCCGGGGCGGAGGUGGCAGCCCUGGACCGGUGUGGGCGGGAGCCGUGCCAGCCGUGCCAGCCGUGCCAGCCGUGCCCGGAGUGCCAGGAGGGCCUGAACCCCGGGGACGUGGCCGUGUUUGCAGAGCGCGCCGGCGCUACGCCCUGGCACCCUCAGUGCUUCGUCUGCCACACCUGCAAGGAACUGUUGGUGGACUUGAUGUACUUCUUCCACAAAGGCUUCAUAUAUUGUGGUCGCCACUACGCGGAUCUGCUUCACAUUCCUCGCUGCUUCGCUUGUGAUGAGUUAAUAUUUGUGAAGGAGUACACAAUGGCGGAAGGUAAAGCAUUCCACGUGAAGCACUUCUGCUGCUACGAGUGCGACGUGCCUCUGGGCGGGAUGAACUACAUUCUCAAGGACGAGCAGCCGGUGUGCUUGGACUGCUAUCAGGAGAAGCACGGGAAGAGGUGCCGCACGUGCGAGAAGAUGAUUGCUGCUGGAGACCAGCGGGUGACCUUGAAGGAACUGAACUGGCACGCGACGGCAGAGUGCUUCUGCUGCCACGCCUGUCGCAGGUCGCUGCUGGGGGGCAAGAUGGUCGUGAAGCAGGACCGGCCGUUCUGCAGCAAGGAGUGCGUGCAGCGUGCUCAGGCCUCCUGAGUGCUGUGACAGUACGUUAG